AUGGGUAGGAACAAGAAUGCUAUUUUGGGGUUCUUGAAGGAAAAGAUGAUCAAAAGAAUCCAAGGUUGGGAGUCUAAAUUUCUUUCUAAAGAUGGUAAAGAAGUGUUACUGAAAUCCGUUGCCCAAUCGCUUCCAAGCUAUGCAAUGAGUGUAUUUCUUUUAACUAAAGAAAUUUGCUCAAGCUUAGAAGGCUUGAUGGCAAGGAGUUUACGGGAGUAUAAUUUGGCGUACUUGGGAAAACAGGGCUGGCGUUUAAUUACGAAUGAGGAGUCAUUGGUUGCUAAGUUGUAUAAGGCAAGAUACUAUCCAAAAGGCAAUUUCUUGAAUGCUGAGUUGGGUCCGAAUCCAAGCUUCAUAUGGCGUAGUAUAUUGGAGGCAAAAGAUUUAUUACAGGCUGGUAUUCGAAGAUCCAUUUGUGAUGGUAAAACAACAUUUAUCCUUCAAGAUCCUUGGCUACCAGGUAUAGACAAUAAGUUUGUGACAACUUAUCACCCCAAUCUUGUUGGUAGAUCGGUUGAUAGUUUGUUACAGAUGGGAAGGAGAGCUUGGGAGUCGAGUUGA